GGGCUCAGCCAGUCGCCUGGAAUUGAGUAGCAUUCUUUGAAUCUGCGGCUUUCAUGACGUCUCGCUACGUGGUCCAUCACUUUUCUCCCAGCUGGGGAUUUUUUUUUUCCGCCACUCUUGCCUUUUCCCCCUUCCCUCCACCCGGUCUCCCUCCCCCGCCCCUCCCCAAACGCACACCCCUCCGCCCCUCUGUUGGCCCCCGCGCCCAGCCCUCCUCUCCGCUCUCGGCCAGAGGGAGCCAGUUUGAAGACGGCCGCACCUGGCCGGAGAGGUUGGGCGGGCGGAGGGGUGGGGAUCCGCGGGAACCGGGAAGCUGAACCCAGAGCUGGAUGCACCGCGAGGAGAAUGGAGUCUCCUAACAGCCUCCCGGGGCUGAUGUGAAAUCUGACCAUCUGAUUCCAGUUUUCCCUUCCCUUUCUUUUUUUUAUUUCCUCCCUUCGCCAUCGUGUAGUGAAUUUUAAAUCUUGCUCCGUUCCAAGAGAGGAUAUCAUGAUUGAAUGAAGCCGCCCAGUCCGCAGCAAGGAAAAGCACAAAGAGGAAAUUUCAGCGAUGGCCAAGUUGACAGAAUCCAUGACUAACGUCCUGGAGGGCGACUCCAUGGACCAGGAUGUGGAGAGUCCUGUGGCCAUUCAUCAGCCAAAGUUGCCUAAGCAGGCCAGGGACGACCUGCCAAGACACAUCAGCCGAGACCGGACCAAAAGGAAAAUCCAAAGGUACGUGCGGAAAGAUGGGAAGUGCAACGUCCAUCAUGGCAACGUGAGGGAGACCUACCGCUACCUGACCGACAUCUUCACCACCUUAGUAGACCUCAAGUGGAGAUUCAACCUGUUGAUUUUCGUCAUGGUCUACACAGUGACGUGGCUCUUUUUUGGGAUGAUCUGGUGGCUAAUCGCGUACAUUCGAGGAGAUAUGGACCACAUAGAGGACCCUUCGUGGACUCCAUGCGUCACCAACCUCAAUGGGUUUGUCUCUGCUUUUUUAUUCUCAAUAGAGACAGAAACCACCAUCGGUUAUGGCUACCGGGUCAUCACAGACAAGUGCCCAGAGGGAAUAAUUCUCCUCUUAAUCCAAUCUGUGUUGGGAUCCAUUGUCAAUGCGUUCAUGGUGGGAUGCAUGUUUGUAAAAAUAUCACAACCCAAAAAGAGGGCAGAGACCCUGGUCUUUUCCACCCACGCGGUGAUCUCCAUGCGGGAUGGGAAACUGUGCCUGAUGUUUCGAGUAGGGGAUCUGAGGAAUUCCCACAUUGUGGAGGCUUCCAUCAGAGCCAAGUUGAUCAAAUCCAAACAGACCUCGGAGGGGGAGUUCAUCCCCUUGAACCAGACGGAUAUCAACGUAGGGUAUUACACUGGUGAUGACCGUCUGUUUCUGGUGUCACCCCUCAUCAUCAGCCACGAAAUUAACCAACAGAGUCCUUUCUGGGAGAUCUCCAAAGCCCAGCUGCCCAAAGAGGAACUGGAAAUUGUUGUCAUCCUAGAAGGAAUGGUGGAAGCUACAGGGAUGACGUGCCAAGCUCGGAGCUCCUACAUCACCAGUGAGAUCCUGUGGGGGUACCGGUUCACACCUGUCUUGACGCUGGAGGACGGGUUCUAUGAAGUCGACUACAACAGCUUCCAUGAGACCUAUGAGACCAGCACCCCGUCCCUCAGUGCCAAAGAGCUGGCCGAGUUAGCCAGCAGGGCCGAGCUGCCCCUGAGCUGGUCCGUCUCCAGCAAACUCAACCAACAUGCAGAACUGGAGACCGAAGAGGAGGAAAAGAACCCCGAGGAGCAAACGGAGAGGAAUGGUGAUGUGGCAAACCUAGAGAACGAAUCCAAAGUUUAGUCCCCCAGCCGGGCAACCCCUUCCCCUCUCCUCACACCACCUUUCCCUGUCUCUCAUUCUCUUUCUUUUCUGUCUCUCCUACUUUGUUCUUUCUUUACGUUUAAGUUUGGCAUUACCAGAAAACAAAUCUUAAAGGUGUAAAAUAUCUACCUGCCCUCUCUCGGUUAUUCAGAUUGACAAGGUCAGUGCAGAUUGGGUGAAGGUGUCAUAUGCCCUCAUUUGUGGCCCAAGCCUGGUCUCCUCCCUGAAGUCGACACAUCCCACUCCUAGAAAUUUAAGCUACUUACCUGCAUGUGUUGUUCCAUACCAGAUCACUCAAAAGAGUGCAUCAAAGAUUCUACCUGGGAUAGAAUAAGGAUGGUCUCUGGUGCCUAUUUAUUCAUGUAGUGAGACAUGGAGUUGAGCCCUCAGUUUUAUCCAUCUCAAUAAAUUUCAUCUACAGGGCGAGGUGCUUGCCCCAUGUGGGCACUGCAGUUACAGGACCCAGGUGAAGUGAAGACAAAACACUGUACAUAUAUAUGCCUUAUGUAAUUAUUUUCUUUUGCAGUUAGUAAUAAAACCCAGCAUGUACAAAAGUACUGUAGAACACAACUUCUAAAUAAUGUACAUAGAUGUAUAAUUAAUAUAGGUUUAGAUAUAUAACUUAGAAAUAAGAUGGAAAAAAAAAAGAUUCCCAAAGUACAGUAGGCAUUUCUGUUCUGCUGUCUCUGUUUUCUGGAUUUCUUUGGUCCCAUUGACUGCUGGCCCUUUAGUGCAUGGCCUUUGUUCUAUAUCCCAGACUGGUAGCGUUUGGGUACCUCCCUGUUCCCUCCCUGAUCCUUUCGUUGAAUCUAAUAAGCCAUAGGUCCAGGGGAAGUUUGGAGGUCGAGUGAUGGCAAAACCCACCACCUAUAUGCUGAUAUACUGUGAAAUGUUUACAAACCUGAGGUCUCUUUUUUAAGAUACCCAGAGCCUCACUGACUAGCCCUGGGGAGAAUUCCAGGAGGAGGACAUGCUUUGGCAUGUCAUCAAUGAUGCUUUCCAAGGGAGCUCUCACCUUUUAGAGUACAAUAGUUUGAGAAAUUUUUCUUCUGCCAAACCAUUGAUUCUCCAACUCUUUCCAUUCUAGAUUCACAAGAAACUACAGACUGUUAAAAAGUGAGACAUGGUAAGUUAGUAAAAGAUGGUUUGAAUCUAAAGUCAUGAAAUCCAUGAUGACAAGUAGUGGGCAAAGUAUAUUGUAAUCACUGAUCUCACAGACCUUGACUCUAUCUGGCACUCUUUCUGUACCUAGGGGCUUAUUCAUCAGCAUUUCCUGCACUCGUAUUUUUUAUUAUACUUUCAUUAUUCUGAAGUUACCAUAGUUCAAUAUUCAAAGAUUGGAUCAACAAACCUGGUUACUCUCUAAGAAAUCUCUCCAGAGUAUGCCACAGGUUAGAAAUCAAAUCCAAAGUGUCUCUCAAUCAAAGAAAACAAACAAACAAAGCUACAGCCUUAAUUCAUUUUAAUCUGCAAAGAUAAAUGAAGAAAGGAGGGAAGGAAGGAUGGAAGGGAGGGAGGGAGGAGGGGGAAAGGAAGGAAGGGAGAAAAAAAAAGGGAGGGAAGGAGGGAGAGAGGAGAGAAGGUGAGAAGGAAAGAACAGUAUUUUGUACUGAAAAUCUAAUUUUUUAAAUGAAAACUUUUUCAAGUGAAAAAAAAUAAGAAAAGGAAGAGAAUCUUAAACAAAACCUCUAGGGCAGGUGGAGAUUUUGCACUGAAAUAGAUCUUUCUCAUUAAUUUUGCAUUUAUAAACUGUUUGUUUCUCAAUGCAGUCGUCCAUCAUAAAUAUUCAUUGACCGGAUCCAAGUUCAUUUUCAGCUCCUACAGCUGUGCUCAGUUUGAGGCCUUGCACCAUGGAGGUCCAAGAGCUCAAACUAGCCAUCCCUCCCUGUUGCCCUGCUUUCCCUGACCAGAAAACAUAGAUCUGCACUAUAGCUGGGGACUUUUUCUGCUGAAAAAAAAAAAAAAAGGUCCCAGAGAUAAGGAUAGCAGCUCCUCAAUUUGGCAUAUGGGUCUCUCUUCUCCCACUUCUGACACCUUGCAUCAAGACAACUGCUUCUUGGCACUGACCUUAUGGAAAACAAAACUGUUGGCCAUAGCCCUUUCCCGUUGGCCAACACUCACAUUUUGCAUUGAAUAUUUGUUGAAUCAUUUAUUCAUUCCACACACUCUAAAGAGGAGGUUGUAGUUGAGGAGGAGGAAGGAGCCUCAUACACUUCUUGCCAGGCUGUGGGGAGGUACUAGGCCUUACCUCACUGUAGCCUUAUGAAGGGUGCUCUUGCCUUGGGGGCACUAACCCUGCAGCAUCACCGGAGUUGCAGGGUGAAGCAUGGCAGCACAAAGCAAAAUCAGCUGGGGCUGCAAAAAGUCUGCUAAUUUAGCUCCCGAAGACUCAAUGGGCAUUUUUAAAUCCGUUCCUAAGGCUUCAAGUACGACGCAUACCUUGUGGUCUGGUUGAAAGUGCAACUGGGGGCCCUUUAGCACAACUGAAUGAAGAGCCUCGGAAACUCUUUGGUCAUGCACAUACGUCUGUUCUGUAGCUGUGACGUGGUACCCAGGUGUGAGCUCUCUCCCUAUUUCUCACUGUCUUUGGUGUCCAUGUAGCUGGAAACAGGACAUGAACCAAAUCUCGUUUUUGUAAUGUGAGCCUCUGAAUCUUUAAAUGGGGAUGCUCCAGAAGAACCUUUUAUUAGAACGUCCCUAUCAAACAUGUCUAUUUUUCUACAGUUAUUGAUAACACAGUUUAACAGUGUAUUUUGUGUCAACUGUUAAAAUUUGGAACUGAAAGAAGCUCAUUAAGACUGAAUUUUCUAAGUAGCAAGUAUUGAAUGGUGUUUUUUCAUUAGGAGAAUUCAAAAAAGAUGACCCUACAGUUUCUACCCACUCCAUUCCACCAUAUCCAGUCUCUGUCUGCUCAGUCAUUUUAUUAGCAAAUCAAGAACUAUGGAAAUAAACAAACUUAUUUUCAUGCAUCAAUAUUCAUAAUGAACGAGGGUCACCCUCAACUUGAUAUUUUGCUGUUCAGUGGGGUAUCUGAGUCCCUUUCUCAUGGCUGUAUCCAUUUGCCAGACAAGAACUUUGGGCUAAAGGGUUACAUUUGCCACGGUUGACCACAGUCUGGAGAAAAGGGGCAGACUCAGCUGGGAGCGUGACCUCCCCAAGGGCUGUCAGAACCCUCAGAUUCUCAUUUUUACCCACUCCACCAUGCUUUCCGACCGGGAAAGAAUCUAUUCAUUUAUGUCAGCUUUAUGUAACUAAUAAAAUGGUUUAUGUUUUUGUCCCCUGGCCAAACGAUGCUUCUUCAGAGUAACACACUUGAAAUCGCUGCAAUGUCAGGUCAUUGCUUCUUCAUCCUUUGAAACAUUAGCCUUCCAGCCUGGUUGGUCCAAUAUAUAAACACUCUAUGUUCACGAGGAGGAAAUCUCUCUUUCCCGCCCUUUUGCUCUUUCCCCAGUUCUCCAGUUCCAUAUGCAGUGGCAUAGUUCAGUAUCUUACGUUCCCUCCCAGAAAUCCAGCUACGGUUCCUAAAAAUGUCCAUCUCUUUCUUAAGCGCAAUUGUCUCUUGCCAGUAUAACCAAACUAGGGCUCUGAAAUGUCUAUUUUUCAUUCUCCUCUAAUUAAAAAAUUAUUUAUGACUUCACUUAAAAGCCGAAGUUUUGAAGUCUCCAAGCAACAUUCUAAUGUUUUCCCUUCCCACAUUUUCUUACAUUCAGGUCUCUUAAUUGUUCCCCUUUGCUUUUCUAUUUAUAUUGAGGCCAGUAUCUUUGGGAUGUUCAGAAACUGUUUAUAAAGGUGGCGGCUGGUGGACAGAGAAAGAAACUAUAGAAACCCCAUUGGAAAACUCCUUGAACUCACCAAAACAAGCUGAAGUCGUUUGAUUAGCUAAGUGAUUCAAGAUAAAAUAAUUUAAAUAUUCUUAGUCAUGUCCAAAUUGCCAACAGUCUGGCUAAUUUUUCAGUCUUUGUUGACUUGACUUGAAUAAAACUCUAUGUGAUGCAGAAGCUUCGUGAGAGUAAAGAUUAAAUGUCCUACAUAGAUGGUAAGCAUUAUCUUCUGUGAUUUCCUUUCAAUGGAUGGUUAUAAAAUCAAAAACAUAGGCAACAUAUACAUAAUAGAUGAUUCAUUGAUAUUGCAUUACAAUAUAGUAAAAUAAAAGUAUUUUCUUUCUAGACUUUGUGUAUUUAAGGAAAUAUUAUCCUGUAAUUUAAAAUCCAGUAAAAUACACCUCUUCCUAAUAUAUCUGCCCUUAAAGUCUUGGAGAGCUUCUGACAUUGGAUAUCACAGUACUUACAAUAAUAACAAAACAAUAUUACGCCCUACAUCGUGUGGUGUUUUGAAGCAUUCGGAGCACUUACACAAAUUAUCUCAUUUAAUUCUAAUCUGCCAGGAGAGCUUGAGUAUCAUAAUAUUAUCGUAUAUUAUAAUACUCCUUUUAGAGAUGGAAAACCAGGGUUUGGGCAAAUUGAGUAACUACCCCAAGGCUACAAGGCCAGUCAAUCAGAGAUCCUGGUCUCAAAUUCAGAUGCUAAGGCUAAAAUCAUGGUCUCUUUUUAGUCCCAAAAGUCAGCAAGCCAAAUCUGCUCACUGAAUCUGGCCCACUGCCUGUUUUUGCACCACUUGUGGCUAGGAAUAAUUUUACAUUUUUAAAUAGUUGGGGGUAAACAAAACAAGAGAAGAAUAUUUUGUGACAUGAAAAUUAUUAAAAAUUCCAAAUUUCAGUGUCUAUAAAUAAAGUUUUAUUGGAACACAGGCACACCCAUUGGUUUAUGUGUUGCUUAUGACUGCUUUCACAAUACACAGCAGAGAUGAGUAAUUAAACAGAGGCCACAUAGCCAGAAGACUAAAGUAUUUACCAUCUGACUAACUUUACAGGAAAAGUUUGCCAACCCCAAUACUGUAGUAUUACAUAUUAUCUGUACCAUUAAGUAUUGUUAUGUAUUAUACUGUACUAUUAAGAGAUUCCUAAGCAGCUUAAAAUAAUGACAUUCUUUUUCCAGUAUGUAUCUAUUUUCCAAUACGAAUCUGUUUUCCAGUAUUGUGCAUAAGUUUGUUUGAGUAAAAAGAAUUCUUUUUUUUUUUUUUUUUUUUUUUGGUAAGAGGGACAGCUGCUUCACAGAACUUUGAGUUAUGUCUCAAAGAAAAACUCCUCCCUUUCAUAACUAUUCCCCCAAGGGUGGUAAAUAGAGUAGACAGCCAGGCAAGAUUCAGUGACCUGCUCAGAAAGUGAUACAGUAAAACAAUGAAUGAUGAACAAUAAACACAUGAGAAUUUCCAGUCCAGGAACUGAGGUGUGGCUUCACUGACAAGCAUACACAUUUAAAUAUGUAGACAGUUGGGCCCCCAAGUUUCUGCCGAUUGAGAUGAACUGGACUUGCUCUGGUUGCCGCAUCCAUCCGAAUUCCCCUCCCCCAUAUGCCUUCUCCCUAAUGCUUUCUUGGGGCAGAAUGAACUAGACUGCUGAGCUGUCUCUCUGUCUUUCCUCACUAGUUUUCCCUAGCCCACAAUUGAUCAGUGUGGUAAGAAGAGCCUUGAACCACCACUCCUGUCUAAAUAUACUACUCCUGGUUCCCUCUAGCUACUCAGCUAAAAGGGUAACAUGCAAAUAAAAAUGAAAUGCUUCUCUUAGAAAACAAACAGAUUCUUUGAAAAGAGCUCAGGGAGAAACAGAGGAGCAGUAAAGGGUUGUUGGGAUGUUUGCUGCUUUCUGAGUCUGAAGCACAAGAUAAAGAUUGGUUAUUACAGAAAUAUUGGAUUGAAGAACUCCAGACGAUGGGGUUUUGAGAUAAAUCAAUAUUAAAUGACGUUCUUUAGUAUCACUAAGCUGCACUCACUUGUAUUUUAAGGAAGCAUUUCCAAAGCCAGUCAUAGGUCAGCCACACUAGGUUUUCUAUCUCUUUAGUUCUAUCAAAAAAAAUAUAUCAAGUUCUCUUAUGAGGGCUUUCCUGAAAAUUACGUGGGAAAGAAAAAAAUUUGUAACAAAUCAUUGUGAUGUUGUAUUGCUGACAGAUAAAUGAUGGACAUUAAGAUGGAUUUGGUCCUGUGUCUGAAACUAAGUAGGUAAUGGUGUUUGCAAUCAUGCAAAAAGCUUUUGACUCUGCAACUGCAUGGAACAGCAUAAUAACUAAGUGGGAGGGGAAAAAAAUCUCAAAGUUCAACACCAUAAAACUUAAAUAAAUGUUAAAAGGAGUCAAACUUUUACUUGGCCUCAUUACCUUGGUGAAAGAAAGCAUCAUGCAUCCACCUAAUUCAAAUAGGAGAGUCAUGAGGAAAGGACAUAAUAUUUUAACACGCGCGAGAAUUGUUCAUCGAAGUAGUCGCCAUGACUAAGUGAUGGAGAUUCGUCACCAGUGGGAAUGAUAUUUGUGCAGUUAUUUUAGACUCUGCUCCCCUAGACAUCAUCUCUUAUGCACUCUGUGAUCAGCUAGAGAAUUGUGACCACAGAGUUUGAUUUCAGAGAAUUAAACGUUCCUACUGACAAAGAGGAACUGAUGGACCAUUUCACGACGAAGGCUACGCACCCACUGUAUUAACACUGAUCCUGAAUACUGUGAUAUCAACCAACCAAUCUUUAUAAGAAUACGAAGGGCUGUUUUUCUCAGGCAAUGUAAAUAUCUGCUACCAACAAGCACUAGUGAAAUAAACAUGUGAUUCAUCAUCAUUUCUAAAAUUCUAAUAGAAAUUAUACAAUAUCCAUCCUAAGGAGCAAGAUGUCCCAAGAGCCUAAGAUCCAACCCCCUUGGGUACUAAAACGCCAGUCCAAGCUGAAUGCCUUAUGGAGCAUUGCAAUGUUGGGUCUAUCACCACUAAACACAACUAGCAGAACUGGAUGAGCUGGAACACAGAGAGCUGGGUUCCCAACAGCUGUGCAUGUUUGGAAAUUCUGGGUCUUUAGCCAGCAUUCUUAAAGAAGGAGAGGGAACACUGUUCUCAGAUCCAUUCUGGCACCAUCUCUCAGCAUAGCUGUCUAUAGGGUUAGAUAGGAGCCAUACACUCCCCUGGCCUGUGGCUCAGCCUUGGGUAGUCCAGAGCCCUGGUCAUGUCCACCACCUCUCCGGGUGAGUCUCUCCCUGCAGUCCUGGUUUCUGCCCAUCUAAACAAUGACCCUCCAGAAACAUCUGCUGGGAACCCUGUGUCUGUUGAGUUUAUCUAGGUCAGCAGUCUUGACCCCACAGAGCAUCCACAUGGGUCAGGGAUGAUGACUUUCCAUGUAAGAACAGAAGGAAGACCUGUUGAGUCCCCUCUGCACAGGGGAGAGCCUCCCAUAUGUAAGUCAAAUUCAAACAAUACCAACACACAAAGGGAGCAAGUGUAAGGAAGUCCAAAAAAGUUCUCAUUUCCCAUGGUGGUUACCUCACUGCUUAAUUUUCCUUUCCUUAUCUAAAUCUUCAAACCCUAGAAAUGCUCACUCUUUGGUAUCAUGGUGCCAUGAGCACAAGCUUCGUAAGUUUCAGCCAUCUCCCUAGAAGGUCUGAUUACUUGACCUAUUCGAACCCACCCCACAAUCAAAUGAAAGCUGCUCUGGCAAGACAUUGCAUAUCCUUUCUCUUUCCUCUGACAGCCACAGCAAAUGAGGCAGCAAUGUCAAGGAUCUUUUUAUUUACAAACACCUCUGGACUGAAACACUAGGAGACAUAACUUAGGCUGUCCCCAGGUGCCCACACAGCUUUUAUGUCAUCACAGGUUGACAACCAAGUGCUCUACCCAGAUCCUCUUUCUGAAUUUCCUCCCUCAGCUAACCGCCAAAAGCCGUCUCUCCUGGCACCUUCCUCUCAGUGUUCACUCCAUUCUUGAGCAGCAGUCAAGAACCUGUCAUUGGGGCCAGUCCAAUCUCUUACCACUUGAUUGUCCACCAUCAGUUUUAACUGAGCAUAUAAUAUGUCCAUAGUCUGACUGCCUGAGACCAAAAACAUAGAAUAUUCUGUUCCCACCCCAUAGACAAGAGACCUUGAGAGCCCAUGAGUGAUGGUUGGGCAUUAUGACAUCAGCCCAUGACCACGUAGAGUAUCAGUGAAGUCUUGUGUUGAAGAGAUAGCUGGACUUUUCCAGAGAAAUCUUGUCUUUGUGAAUAAGCUAGCCAGCUUGCCAAAGAUAUCCCAAAUAUCUUAAUUUGGCCCAAUGAUUCUGCACCUAAAAUGAGAGCCACCUAGGGACAACAGGGAACUCUCACAUGUGUGCAGCAUUCUGAAAUGAUUACCCAAAUAUCUCUUGGUGCGAAGUGGUCUUUCCUCCCCCGUCAUCUGCACAGAGUGUGCUCUGGGGGAAAACCUAGCACCUAUGCAGUUCCUGUUUGCCCAGGACAUACACGGUGGCUGCCACGGCAACCACGGUCUAUCAGCAGAGACCACUCUGUGGGAUUCUUUGAUGAGAACUGGCAGAGGCCCCAGGGGGCUUAGGGUCCCCAGGACUGCUCCACCUGUAAAUAGCCUUGGGGUAAGCCAAGCAGAUAUGGGGAAGUACCCAGGCAAACAGGUAUGCAUUCAGCAUGCCGGGUGUAAGAUAUUCCUAUCCCUUCUUCCUAAGAUGGCAUGAACUUAGGUGGCCAAACUUAUCCUUAAAAAUGUAUAUAUAUUCUUUAAGUCAUCAUCCCUAUACACACACUCUUCCACACCCAAAUCACAUUUGCCUCCCCCCCCAAAAAAAAGUUUCCAAAACCAAAACUAAAUUCACAUUAUCUGGUGUAAUGGGUGUCCAAAUACCUACCAUCUCCUUCAUCUCUGCCUAAACGAUUAAGAUUGGCCCAAAAUAAAGAGUUAAAGAGUGUUUCAAUAAUAAACCCAAGUACAAAACAAAGUAAUGUUUAAAAUUUCCUUACAAAUUCUUUUAGAAAACCUAAUUUCAAAUCAGACAUGUCCAUUUUUGCCCCCAGGAUGCAAAGCCCCUCCCCCCCAAAUACUAUUUCUUCUUGAACUCUCCAUUUUCCAUCUGGCUUUGAACCUGCGCAGAGGCUCCUUGACAUUGGCAUGAAAGGGGAAGUGGAAUUUAACACUGAAGCUUUCAGAGUUCCCUUCAGUCUGGCCCCAGGAAUCAUGCCAAAAUAAACUCUAGUAACCAGCACAAGUCUGCAGCACCAACCUCAGGGAAAAUUGGAUAUGGGGUGCUCAAGAUGAUGGCCUGCUUUCAGAGAGACAAGACCUUAGUAUUCAAAUCUUUGAGUCAUGCCCACACUUUACCAGUCAGGCCAGGUCAGAGCCCUGAGUCUGCAGCACCCCUGGUCAGCUGGCUGUGUGCAUACGGGGUGUUGAGGAAUAACUGAGAACUUUCCACAUCCCAAACACCCACACGGGAAGAUGUCUUCCAUCUUAUUUACUGUUCUGUUUCAACAGUAUCCAUAAGACAUGUGGCAUGUUCUCCUGUCUAUUAUAUUAUAUCUUCAUACAUUUCUUUUUCUUCUUCUUCUAAAAGACAAAAGAUUCCACAAGAUGUUACACGAUGCAGAGGGAGCUUACAGCCUUUUGUAACUAACAUAUCCACUGACAAAUGCAGUCACCUCUCCUUACGUACACAUACUAAGAAACACAAAUAUACAUGCACUAUGUGUACACACACACACACGCACACACACUUACCCUUCCCAAUCAUUACUAGGAAGUUACGAGCUGGUCCACAUAAGUAAAUUCCAGAAAACUAAAGCAUUGAGAGUAACAAUCAGGAGUUCCUGCUGUAGGGCCGUGGGCUAAGAAUCUGACUGCAGCAUCUCGUCACUUUGGAGGCAUGAGUUCAACCCCCAGCUGAGCGCAGUAGAUUAAAGCAUCUGGGGUUGCCACAGCUGCAGCAGAAGUCAAAGCUGCAGCUUGGACUCCAUCCCUGGCCCAGGAACUAACAUAUGUCCCGGGGGCAGCCAUAAAAAAAAUAGUAACACUUUCCCUGGCAUCACUGUGAUAUUCUUUCUAAAAUGUACCACAUGCUUUCCUGAACCCACAGGUUCAUGUCAUAAAGUAGCCUUUCUUUUCACUGGUGUGUAGGGAACCUGUGUUCAGCCUGAAGAGAUCUGGGUUCUGGUCCUGACUGAAGUCCCAGAUGGGCUAUAUAGUCUUUGAUAAAGCAAUGAACUGCUUUGAAACAGUUUUCUCAUUUUUAAAUUAAUAAAACAUCUUUUUUUUAAGGGAAGACACCAUAUCUGUCUUGCUCAAAAUUCUGUCUCCAAUCUAUAAAUGUUUCCUAAUUUACCAAAUCCUGGUGUAUCAAAUUAUCAAUAUGUGAAAAAAGCCAACUUGGAAUAUUCAGUUUAAUUUUCCUAUUUUUCUUUCUCUUUUCUUGUUUCUUUUUCUUUUUUUUUUUUUUUUUAGGUCCAUACCUGCAGCAUAUGGAAGUUCCCAGGCUAGGGGUCCAAUCAGAGCUGCAGCUGCCAGCCUAUGCCAGAGCCACAGCAGAUUUGAGCCACAUCUGCAAUCUACACCACAGCUCAUAGCAACUCUGGAUCCUUAAUCCACUGAGAGAAGCCAGGAAUCAAACUCCCAUCCUCCUGGAUACUAGUCGUGUUCCUGACUGCUGAGCCACGAUGGGAACUCCUAAUUUUCAAUUUGUUUCUUUGACUAUUUGUGUUCCACCAAACAUUUUCAACCAGUUUUUUUUCUAGUAAUCAACCUAGAGCUAUUCACAAUCAUAAACAAAAUGGACUGUGAGAUACAAUUCCUGGCUUUAUAUUUUGUGUGUGUGGGUGUGUGUGUGGGUGUGGGUGGGUGGUAAUUCAUUUGAGGGGAAAAUGUUUGAAAAUUUUCUUAAGGUUUUUUUUUUUUAAUAAACCUUAUUUUCUUAGAGAAGUUUUAGGUGCAAGGAAAAACUGAGUGAAAAAUACAGAGUCCCCGCCCCCCCCCAGCCUGGUCCCCACACUUGCAUUAUCAGCACCCCCAGCCAGCAUGGUUAUCUCGUUACAAUCAAGGAACCCUCACUGAUUUAUCAUUAUCACCCAAAGUCCACAGUUCACAUAAAUCUUCCCUCUUAGUACAUUCUGUGAGUUUUGACAAAUGUAGAAUGUAAAAUGAUGUGUAUCCACCAUGGUUAUCACACAGAAUCAUUUCAAUGCCCUGAAAAUCUUUCUUCCUCCCCUAAACCUUGGCAACCACUGAUCUUUUUACUGUCUCCAUAGUUUUGCCUUUUUCGCAAUGUCGCAUAGUUGGAAUCAUACAGUAUAUAACGUUUUCAGAUUAACUUUCAUUUAGUAAUGUAUGCUUAAGUUCCUCCACAUCAUUUCAUGGCUUGAUGGGUCAUUUUUUUUUACUGCUGAGUAACAUUCCACUGUCUAAUGUACCACAGUUUAUUUACCCAUUCACGUACAGUAGGACAUCUUGGUUGCUUCCAAGUUUUGACAAUGAUAAAUAAAGCUGCUGUAAAUAUUUGUGGGCAGGUUUUUUGUAAAGACAUAACAGUCUUUUUUUCACUUGGGUAGAUGCCAGGAAGGUAACUGAUGGACCAUGUGAUAAAACUAUGUUUAGUUUUGUAAGAAACUGCCAACCUGUCUUCCAAAUGGCUGUACCACUUUAUGUUCCCACCAACAGUGGAUGAUAAUUCCUGUUGCUCCACAUUCUUGCCAGCAUUUGGUGUUGUCACCGUUUUCGAUUUUGGUCAUUCUAAUGGGGGUUCAUUUGCAUUUCCCUGAUGACAUAUGACAUGGAAUAUCUUUUCAUAUGCUUAUUUGAAUCUGUAUUUAUUUUUUGAUGAGGUGUCUGUUCAGGUCUUUGCCCAUUUUUUAAUCAGGUUUUUUUCUUAUUGUUAAGUUUCAAGAGUUCUUUAUGUAUUUUGUCUUUUUUUUUUUUAGGGCCACACCCACAGCAUAUGGAGGUUCCCAGGCUAGGGGUCUAAUCAGAGCUGUAGCCGCCGGCUGACACCACAGCCACAGCAAUGCCAGAUCUGAGCCACGUCGGCGACCUACACCACAGCUCAUGGCAAUGCUGGAUCCUUAACCCAGUGAGCAAUGCCGGGGAUCAAACUUGUGUCCUCCUGGAUGCUAGUCAGAUUCAUUUCCACUGAGCCAUGAUGGGAACUCCUCUUUGUGUAUUUUGGAUAUCAGCCCUUUAUCAGAUGAAUUUUUUGCAAAUAUUUUCUCCAAGUCUGUGAUCUGUCUUCUCAUUCUGUUGGUGAUGUCUUUUGAAGAGCAGAAAUUUUUAAUUUUAAUGAAGAACAUCUUCUCAAUUCUUUCCUCCAUGAAACAGGUCUUUGGUAUUUAUUCGUAUUUAAAGCCAUCGCUGUACCCAUACCCAUCUAGGCUUUCUCAUAUUUCUCUUCUAAGAGUUUUAGAGUUUUGCAUUUUACAUCUAAAUCUAUGAUCUAUUUUGAGUUAACCUUUGUGAAGGGUGUAAGGUCUCUAUCUAGAUUUUUUUUUUUUUUUUUUUUUUUGGUAUAUGAGUGCACAGUUUUUCCCAGCACCAUUUAUUAAAAUAACUAUCUUUGCUCCAUUUUACUGCCUUUAUGCCUUUGUCAAAGAUCAGUUGACCAUUUUAUGUGGGUUUAUUUCUGGCCUCCCUCUUCUGUCGCAUUGAUACAUUUGUCUGGUCUUUCACCAAUACCACACUGUCUUAAUUACUGUAGCUUUGUAGUAAGUCUCGAGGUUGGGAAGUGUCAGUCAGUCCUCCAAUUUUGCUAUUCUCCUCCACUAUUAAGUUGGCUAUUUGAGGCUUUUUUUCUUCAUAUAAACUUGAGAAUCAGCCUUUCAGUAGCCACAAAAUAACUUGCUAGGGUUUUGAUUGGAAUUACAUCGAAUCUGUAGUUCAGUUUGGGGAGAACUAACAUCUUGGACAAUAUUGUGUCUUCCCAUCCAUGAACAUGGAAUACUUGGCCAAUUAUUUAGUUCAUCUUUGCUAUCUUUCAUCAGAGUUUUGCAGUUUUCCUCAUAUAUAUUUUGUUAGAUUUAAACCUGGGUGUUUCAUUUUGGGAAGUGUUACAAUGUAAACAGUGGUGUGUUUUUCAUUUCAAAUCCCACUUGUUCAUUGCUGUUAUAUAGGAGAGUGACUGGCUUUCUGUCUAUUAACCCCGCAUCCUGCAACUUGCUAUAAUGACUUACUAGUUUCAGAAGUUUUUCUAUUGAUUCUUUCAGAUUUUCCACAUAUACAAUUAUGUCAUCUGCAAACAAAGACAAUUUAUUUCUUCCUUCUCAUUCUCUAUGAGCACUGGUGUCAUAGAAUCCCAUAAUUUUGUAAGUUGUAUUUUCAUUUUCAUUUAGUUCAAAACAUUUUUUUAAUUCUCCUGAGAUUUCUGCUUUAACCUAUGUGUUUUAGAAAUGUGCUGUUGAAUCUCCAAGUACUUUGUGAUUUUCCACCUAUCUUUCUGAUAACCAUUUCUACUUUAAUUUCAUCGUGGUCUAAAACAGACAUCGCAUGAUUUUUAUCAUUCUAAGUUUGUUAGAACAUGUUUUAUGACCCACUUUGUCAUUUAUCUUGCUGAGUGUCUCAUAUGAGCUUGAAGUUUAAAGCUUCAUGUCUACUCUUAGUUUAAUCUUUUUCAGAGAACAUUUGAAUCCUACCAUCUCUGCUUCUAUGAUUCUAAUAUCAGAUCCAGGCUAUACCAUCUUUACAUUAAAUAGCCCAAGAUGGUUUAGCUUUAAGUCUUAGCUGCUUUUAAUACCUUCACUGAUUCCUUUGCUAGCAGAAGUGAAAUUCCAUUACCAUCCACAUGCUUGUCUCAGCGUCCUCUCACCAACCACAUCCUUCUUGCCUCUCUUCUACCAGCACUAAACCUGUAGCAAAUAGACAAGUUGUGAGUUAGGUGCUUUCUAGAUAAGUGACAUAUUCCUUGAGAAGCACUACAUUCUCCUCUACAGAAGAAAAAGCCCCAAGAAAAUUUAGCAUCUUUGGUAGAAAAUAAGUGCACACCUAUGUCUUACAAGUUCAUCCAUGAACAGCUCAAUCAGACUCAAUGGGUUAUUGGCACCUUACUCUUAACCUGAAUCCAGCUCUACCUUCCCUGAAACAUGCAUGUAGGACCGCAGGAAAAAAUAAUAAUAACAAUAAUCAUAAUAAUAAACCAAGCAGAACAUAAUUAAGGCAGCAAAAAGCUUAAACAAUAAUAACAUUUUAAUUCAACUGGUGUAGUUCAGUCUUAUCACUCUCUUCCACUAUUAAUUGAAAGAUAACUCAUUGUGUAUGCUUUUCCUAGUAAAAUAUCACAAUACUAAGGGCCAAAAUAUUUACUAUGGGACAAAAUACAAGGUUGUCCGGGAGCCAUUUCCUAAGUUACAAAGAAAAUUAUUCUGGAAAGUUCACUACCUCAGAACUAGUUCAGAACUGAGCAGCAGUGGGAGUCAAGAGAAGGGCUGAGUGUUGGUGGAGGAGGAGGCAGCCUCUAGACUGCACCAGAGCACCAACAAAUUUCACCUGCAGCUCCCUGGUCCCACCUCCAGGCUCAGAGAUGGGGUUGGCGGAUCUCCCAGGACUCACCCCGAGCAGAGGUAUUGGAUACAGGCUGUAUCUGACUCUCAGCUCCAAACUGUCUUGCCUGACAAAGAUGGCAUUGUUCUGCUCUGGCAUCUGAUGGGGCACUUCCUCAGCGGUGCCUAAACAUCAACAGUCUUUUGCAUCUGAAUCUGUGAAGCUGAGGAUAAGUCUUAAUCUGGUUUGAGCAUUGCAUGUUUGCGCAUCCAUGUUUCUAUUGACCUGAAAGUUCACUAUUACCACCACGGAGAACCAUCAGGAGCUAUUUAAACAAAACAAAGCUGACCGUUCCCAGGACCAGGUCAUCAAGCUGGGAUGCAUGUUGAUGUCCAGGGCCAGUAUCCAUUUCUAGAGAAUGCAAGUUUCCAAAAAGAGACCAGGCACAGACCUACUUGAUCUUCAGCAUGUUCCCAGAAACUCUUUUAAGAAUGUGAGUUUUGAGUAUAUUUCUCCUAUAUAAAAGUAUGGCAUUUCAUUCUCAAGGUCCAUGAAGCUCACCAACACUGGGAGCAGCCAUGCACUUGUAUUUCCAUUCUCAGGGAUCUAAGCUACCAACAAAAACUAGACAAAGACAGAACUCUACCCAAAAUAUUCUAAAAGCUGCCUGAUGCCACAUACAUUAUCAUUCUAAACCUACAUACGCUUGACUGAGUAUUGGCCCAGGAGCACUUGCAGUGGGUGAUGUCCUCAGCAAGUUACUCUGAAGACCUUAAGAAACAGUGACUUCUUCCUCUGCCCUCAAUAAACCUACAUCCUCAUAGCUACCAGCUUUCACCCUGUGACAACACACGCUGGGCGCAUUGAGCAACACAAAAGCCCAGUGAGCAAAUAUCAGCUCCCAUUUUACAAAUGAACAUACUCAGGCAUAGGAGGGAAAUUAACAUGCUCAAGUUUUUGGAAUAAGACAACCUAAGAGAGAAGGUACAACAACUGUCUUGGAACUUAAAGAAAGCAGAUCAGCUUCCAGAUAAGCAAUCAAGAAUUGUUCCCUAGGAAAGGCAGGGACAUUCGUCCUGACAUUCCUUGACACUGGAUGGGAUUUGGAAGACAAAGAUCCAGGAAUGAAGGCCUUCCUUUUAAUUUGAGGAGCCAGCAGGAGAGAGAGUCCAAAGAUAGGUGCACACAGAGCAAGACUGGGAGGUGGUGGUGGACAGCCUGGAGGGGGUGAGAUGGCUUAUUGUAGGAUUUGAUAAAAUACACAUCUUGAAAACUGGUGCUAAAUUGUAGAAGUUUUGAGAUUCUCAUCCAAGGAACAGGGACUACAGAAGGAAUAGCACAGCAGAAUUUAUUGAUAAACCCAGAAUAGCACUUAAAUGCUCUUAAAGCUUUAGAAAUGAAUUUUUUAAUAGAAUAACAUUCACUGGGGAAAAAAACAAAAUGCCCUUGACAAAACUGUCAAGCACUUUGAAAUGAUUCAGUGAUUCUAUGGAAAAUAGCAUAAAUCAUUGGGGAGUUCCCACUGUGACACAAUGGGACUGGCAGCGUCUCUGGUAGGUUCAAUCCCUGACCCAGCCCAGUGGGUUAAGGAUCCUGAGUUGCCGCAACUGUGGCAUUGGUAGGAACUGCAGCUCAGAUCUGAUCCCCAGCUUAGGAACUCCAUAUGCCAUGGGGCGGCCAAAAAGAGGAAAAAAAAAGAAGAAAAGAAUAAAUCAUUGGUGGAAUUUCAAUAGCAUUUAGUAAACUACAUGUCAGGAAAAUCAUAAAACAAGAGUAAUUAUAAAAGAGAUUUACAGAUAUUAAACAAUACAAUGCACAAAAUGAAGUUUUAUUUGAACAAAACCAAUGAUCCUUUAGAGAUAAAUAGAAAGAAAAUAAGUAAAUAUAUCUUUCAAAAUAUCCUACUAAGGCUUCUGACUUUUCUUCAUGAUAUGUAACUAGAUUGGCCUCUGAGGUCAGUAAUUUCAAUCUUCCAACCAUGCUUUUUGAAAAGGAAACCCAGGUAGGGCUCAAGUACUGGUUUGGCUCCUAACCCAACUUUCAGUCCUGUUGUAAUUCAACUCCAAGUACGUCUGUGCACGGACAAUGAGGCGAAAGCAUGCAAAAUGCGAAAGCACAAAUUAUGUAUUGAGAAAUCACUACAAUGCCAAAUUUUUUUAGAAUAAAAAAUACGUCUUUAAGAACUCGCUGUAUUAGGGUAACUGUUUACAUAUUGAGGUGUUCCUCUUUUUUUUGACUGGAACAAUAAAAAA